AUGACACUAAUCGAUGCUCAAGUGCAUUUUCUGGCGGAGCGUCUUGCACUGGUACACAUUCCACUUGACCUAUAUCCCUACUUCCUCCAGUCGGUGUUGAGAUUGGUCUUUGACGAACUCUCGCCCCUCGAGGAAACAAAGGAUGAAGAUGAAUCCAUUGAAAAUGUAGAAACAACCUCGGAAGAAGGUUCCGGGUACAAGCCGCCCGCAUUCUUGAACAUAUCCAUCACCCCCGUGGAAGUAUCUGUGAUAUGUCCUCGCCGCCUGGUUGAAAAAUAUUUUACACCCCUCAGACAGCAGCUGAGCGGAUUAGAUAAAUCCCUCGAUUCUCAGCUCGAUGUCAGUGACAACGAUUACAUUGCCAUGCAGGUCAUCGGCCAGGGAUUGGAGGCUGGGAAACGAGUUUUGGAGUUAACCAGCCCACUCGCUAUGGCCGGAAUCCCGACAUCCCCUCGAACAGAGCGCCAUCCAAGUGACGCCACACCACCAGGAACCCCACCGCCAUCCACAUUAUCAGAGCUCCAAACACGCACAUUUGAAAACCUACGUAAACGCCAAAUUACGCCUUAUGUGGAUGAAACCCUGCGUCUUGUGCAAUGCGCAGCUCACCAUCAAUUCGGAUAUGGUAGCGAAGAAAGCUCCAUGUCUAUUCUUCGCGAUGCCCUCACGACUGUCCUACUUGUCGACAGUCCACGCUUCCUCUCUCUUACCCAAGCAUCCCUUGAUCCAGCCGCAUCCUUACUCCUAGAAAAACGACUCCUCCCUCGCUUCACAGAGCCCUCCAGUCCCUAUAGAGACUAUGAAGAUGGCUCGGGCCUUUUACUUGGCUCAAAAGAAGACUACCUUAUUCCCAUUAUGCUUGACCUCCGCGAUUUACCUCUCGAAGCCUCAGGUAUCGUAUGCGGUGUGGCGGGACGACUCGCCGAGGCAGCCGAAACGAUACCCCUUUAUAAGGACGUCGAGCCAAGCCUUGGGAGUAGUGGUGACAGCAGUACCGUUGGGUCUGUGCCCGCACUUUUUGAUUCAUUUGGGGCUCGCCUGAAUUUGGAAAAUGGCCAUAGCCCAGAUCGGAAGCCACCUCAAGGGGCUCACUCUCUUGCACCAACCCAUCAUCUCAAACCUGAUGUCGAUCUAUCUGCGGAUUUAUUCGAGAUUAGUUUCUUGAGUACAGCGCGCGCUGGAACAAUUAUAGUUGGAGAAGAUGAGUUGCGACGCGCGAUCGCUGCUUUGGAGGCGGAGAGGAUACAGGAUUCCUUUACACCGAAUCCGCCCGAGGAGAACGAGGAGAACGAGGUUGACGAGGAGUGA